AUGGCCGGCAUAAUGCCCGAGGUGGAUUCCGACGUGAGCGAUUUGGAGAGCGUCAAUAGCGAAUUGACUUCCCUCGCCUCGUCGGUGUUCAAUUAUGUCUACGAGAAUGGCCGAACCUACCAUGCAUAUCGUCAGGGAUCUUAUGUCCUCCCCAACGACGAAAAAGAACAAGAACGUCUAGACCUCCUCCAUCAUGUCUUUCGACUGUCGCUGGAUGGACGACUUUGUAUGACGAAUUUGAAAUCGCCCCAGAAAAUGCUCGAUAUCGGCACGGGAACGGGUAUUUGGGCUAUGGAGGUUGCCGAUGAAUUUCCAUCUGCCGAGGUUACGGGCGUGGAUCUUUCGCCAAUUCAACCGGGGUGGGUCCCUCCGAAUGUCAGCUUCAUCAUCGAUGACGUCGAGCAAGACUGGAGUUUUCCGAAUGAUUCGUUUGAUUUCAUCCACGUCCGCUGCCUAGCGGGUAGUUUGAGAAAUUGGCCUCAAUUUCUGAAAGAAUGUUACGACCACCUCAAACCGGGCGGAAAGAUCGAACUCGCCGAAUGUCGCACGCACAUGGACUGCGAUGACAGUUCUUAUCCUGAGGAUUGCUAUACGCGGAAAUGGAUUGCCGAAUUCAAUCGCAUCUCUCACAAAAACGGGUUGAUCUUCGAUCUCUUCCCCGAAUAUCAAGGCAUGCUGAAAGAAGCCACAUUCGAAAAUAUCAACGUCGUCGAGCAAGUCUGUCCCAUCGGCACAUGGCCGAAAGACCGUCGAUUGAAGGAUAUCGGACGAUACUUUCGUCUACAGUUCCUCGAGGGCGCGGUGGAUAGUUACUCGAUGGCUCUGUUUACGCGGCUUGGGGGCUGGUCGAAGGAAGAGGUCGAGGUGUUGCUGGCGCAUGUGAGGACGGAGAUUAAAGAGAAUAAGAUGCAUGUUUAUACGCAUUGUUCGUUUGCCACAGCGCAGAAACCGCUCAAAUGA